AGACCGAUCUACCUUAGUCGACGUCAAGCCGUCGCGACGCGUGCGUCUUCUCUCAUUGUCGUUUUCUCGUACCUCACGAGACUCGCGUGUUCUCCGCGGCGCGCAGCGUGUCGCGAGCGUGUGCCCACCUGUUCGCACCGGAAGAGAGACGCUUCUACCAUCUCACCCCUCCCCCCUAACCCCCAUCGUCAUCCCCUCCAGUUACGAUUUACUUAACCUUCGAGUACUCAUCUUCUUCUUCAUCUCCCUCUUAUUAUUUUUCUUCGGGAAAAGAGAUCGUGGGCAAUCUAAACUUUUCAUUUUCUAUUACGGACAGGAACUUUGAAUUUUCUCGGAAAAGGAUUUUACAACUGGAAAGGGAGUCCUCUUCGUUUCGAUAGUUUUCGAAAGUGAGAGAACUCGAGAGGUGUCGUCGAUGUUGUCGUUCACGUCGCCGUUCGUGAGCCUCGCCUUUUGACCCGAGGCUCGCGAGCAGCGAUCAAAGACGCGGUGUUUUUAUCGUGGAACGUGUUUUCAACUGGACGAUAGUUGGCAAGAGUGAACGAAGAGAGAAGAGAGAAGAUAAGAAGAGAAAGAAAAGCGUGGACGAGCGUGGAAAAUUUGAGGAUCGUUAUUAUGGUCAUCGGAUGACAAUGGCCGAUACUUCGGAGUCCUCGUAGAGAAACGAGGAGGUUUCUCUCUUCCUCGACCAUUCUCCUUCUUCCUCAUCGAGAGAAGAAGGAUCUCAUCGUUCGAGAGGAAGAUUGCGAAGGGUAAAGAAGAGGCAACGCUUUUAAAGGCGACCCUCUCACCUUCUCCAUUCUCACCGUGUCGUCCUCUUCUUCUUCCCGCUACGCGGGAUUUUCGAAAUUUGCCGCCACCAAGGAGAGAUCAAUCUAUCAGUGAAAGGGGGACCGCUUCUCGAAAGGAAAAGACGUACACAAGUUCCAGUGCCUUUGGCCGUGCGAUCUCGGUUGAACGAACGUUUGAGGAUGAACUGGAUUAGAUAAGGAUAUUCGUCAACGACAAUCGCGAAUAAAACAUUUCGUAAAAUCAUCGAUUGUUCGCGAGUGUGCGGAGGCAAAGUGCCGUUCGAGUUUCGUGCAUAUCGGGUUAUCACGUACACACGAUUAUAUAUCUAUAUAUAUAUAUACAUACAUACAUAUAUAUAAUAUAUAUAUAUAUAUACAUAUAUAUAUAUAUACAUAUAUAUGUAUAUAAAUACUUUUGAGGGCUUCGUCCUUGAUUGUAUCGAUUCGUGAAUAUUUGCCGGCAGAGUUUGGGGGUUGAAAACCUUCAAACCGUAAAAGACAGUAAUCCUGUCUUCCUUAAGGAUAAACGAGGAGGAGAGAAGGAGGCACCGAGAGCCGGUCGCCAGGAGAGCUCCUAUGAAAAUGCUUCAAUCGCUGAAUGCUCUGGCGGGGAAGAUCUCGCCGAGCUCGCCCACUGACAGCAACGCGAACAAGGUGCACAUGCAUAAUAACAAUAACGUCUUGCAUCACCAUCAUCCAUAUUCGAAACAACAAACGCAACCCUCGCCUGCGUCGCAUUCGAGCAACAACAGCGAUCAAAAGGAGAACACCAUAAUGAACAAUAACAGCGUGGAGCAGCCGGAUCCAGACAAUAUAAAGAUGUUUGUAGGGCAGGUACCCCACGACAUGGACGAGAAUGAUCUCCGAACGUUGUUCGAGGAGUUUGGCCGAGUGCAUCAGAUCAACGUUCUACGCGACAAAACCACCGGUAGUAGUAAAGGUUGUUGCUUUGUAACCUUCUACACGAGAAAGGCGGCCUUGGACGCACAGAACGCUCUGCACAACGUCAAGACUUUUAGCGGGAUGCGGCAUCCGAUCCAAAUGAAACCGGCAGAUAGCGAGAAUAGAAACGAACGCAAGUUGUUCGUUGGCAUGUUAUCAAAAAAAUACACCGAAAAUGACGUCAGAAGCAUGUUCAGCGUCUACGGAACGAUCGAGGAGUGUUCGGUAUUGCGAGACAAUGCCGGACAAAGUAAAGGCUGUGCCUUCGUUACCUUCGCUAGUAAACAAUACGCUAUCAACGCCAUUAAGGCCCUUCAUCAUUCGCAAACGAUGGAAGGAUGCUCAUCACCUCUGGUUGUGAAAUUCGCUGACACACAGAAGGAAAAGGAUCAAAAAAGGAUGCAGCAAAUUCAAGCGAAUCUCUGGAAUAUCGCGGGAGUCAACAUGGCGCCGCAUUACCUGACGACGGGUGAGACGCAUACGCUGGCGCCGUCGUCGUUGCAGUUGUUGCAGCAGUUGCAAGCGACAACGAGUGCGGCCACCCCGGUGGCCGCCGGCGCCGGAGCGAACGCUCUCUCGAGUGUUCAGCAUCAGCUGUUGUUACAGCAGCACCUUGGCCUCGGUGCAGCUACCCCCGCACACGCCGCUCCACCUGCUGUUCCAAGUCCACCGGAGAUUAAUCCUGCCAAUCUCCAGGGUCUAGCGACUCUCGCGUCCCUCGGUAACUCCGCUGGUGAGUAUGCAAAUGCUGGGGUAUCACCCAUGAGUAUGCAAAAUCUUGUUACAUUGGCAGCUAUGACUGGCGGAAACGGCAACCUUCAAGUGUCACCAACCACGUUAAGCGGACUGGCGAAUUCGACAGCAGGUAUGUCGCUAUCUGCCCUACUCGGGAAGACAGGAAGUACAGGGUCGACCGGUGGAAGCCUAAGUCCUGUAACGUCACUUGCGCUUAAUUCCUUGACAGGAGCACCUUUGAACGGAUUGCAGGACUCUCUGAGUAACGCUUAUUCGAGCUUGCAGCAAUACGCAGGGUUCCCGGCAUUCACGGCGGCAGCGGCUGCAGCAGCAGCGGCGGCGCAAAAUUCGAGUUUCAGUGCCGCUGGCAAGCAGAUCGAGGGUCCUGAAGGUGGUAACCUCUUCAUCUACCACUUACCGCAGGAAUUCAGUGAUACCGAUCUAGCUUCUACCUUUCUACCUUUCGGCAAUGUCAUAUCCGCCAAAGUUUUCAUCGAUAAACAGACGAAAUUGAGCAAAUGCUUUGGUUUCGUCUCGUACGACAACUCUGCGAGCGCGCAAGCAGCGAUCCAGGCGAUGAACGGUUUCCAGAUCGGCACGAAGCGACUUAAGGUUCAAUUGAAACGAUCCAAGGAUGCUUCGAAGCCAUACUAGUUGACAUCAUCCUCGAGCGUUCGUAGCAGGUGGCCUGUGACGUUGUGACCGUGUACUCUCGAUCGGAGUCGCCGUGCCAUGUCAAUCUCAGUCAGUCAGUCAGUCAGUCAGUCAGUCAGUCAAUCGAUCGGUCGAUCGGUCAAUCGAUCGUCUUCGAUCGUCGACCAAGUCGGUCAAUCAGUCACGACUGCUUGGUCAGUCUCUCGAUCGGUCUCUCUGUGUCUGUCGGUGCUGCCUGUACAAAAAAAAAAAGAAAAAAAAAAAGAAAAAAAACACCAAAAAGAAAACACACAAAAACAAAAAAAAACAUAACCACCACUCCCCCAUCUUUCUCUCUAAGACUAAUUGGUCACCGUUGUGUCCAACCAUUCCUGGCAGAUCAUCACCAAAUUCUCCUGCACUCUUCCUAUCUUAUCCUUCGACUAUUAUCUCCUUCGCAGAGAGAGAGAGAGAGAGAGAGAGAGAGAGAGAGAGAGAGAGAGAGAGAGAAAGAAAGAGAGAGAGAGAGAGAGAGAGAGAGAGAGAGAGAGAAAUCCAUUCGUGUGCCUGCGAAUUUUGCGCGGAACUGCCUGCGAUUCGACGCGAUCUUUAAGCGUGGUUAAAAUAAUGGGAACGAGAGCAAAGGAAUCCUUGUUGAUCGUCAAGACUACUUCUGAGCAGUACAAAGUAUUUCCCGUGGGACAAAGAAGAAAGGAACAAGAGGAAAAAGAAGAAGAAGAAGAAGAAUAGUGGUGUUCUAAUGACGCAGAACGAGAGGAUUCCGAAUAAGCGUACGAAGCUCGAGAGCAAAGAGAGACCGAAACGGAGCCCAAGCGCGUCCUACCAGGAUUCAAACAGAUCCUUCGGGUCUGGGAAAAAAAAUCUGCGACUAUUCUUCCUCUCCUGUGAUGUGUACGUACAUAUACGUAAACGUGUUUUAUUCCUCGUAUCACGGUCUAAAGUCGAAAAGAAUAGGAUCCUGAGGGUCUUAGACGUGAAAUACCCUUUCUUGACGUUCCAAUAGGCUAAGAAAGGAUCGUUCUUUGGACCGCCAGACUCGAGAGAAAAAGAGACAAAUAGAAGAAUGGAAAAACGAAUGGGAGGAAGAUAGGACGUAACGCUGCGAGAAUACAUUAGAUACAUAUAUAUAUAUAUAUAUAUACAUAUAGAUAUAUAUAUUAUUAUGUAUAUUAAUCGUUGACUGAGAUUUAUUUUUAUCGGCUCACUGUCGGAGUCCGCCGUCGGUGUCGAAGCGCCUGUUUGUAUACAUACGUGCCGGCAAUUUGGACAUAUAUAGAUAGUAGAUGUGUAAAGAAUAAAAAGAAAAAAAAAACAACUAAAAGAAAGAGGUAUAAAUUAAAAAGAAAAAAAAACAAAAGAGUGUAUGGGGCGGGGGGGGAUAAAACCCGGGUAAGCGGGUGUGGGGAAGAUAGACCAAUGUUGAGAGUACGUCGAGUCCUUUGUUUGACUCCUUUGAUGUGCGAGGACUUGUUGCGCGUUAUGUAUCCAGAUUCUGCGAAUAUACCAAAAAUCAAGAAAAAUAAAAAAAUGAAAGAAACGUAAAAGACGAAAGAAAAGAUAAAUAAAAUAGAGCCGACAUACACGCUCACUCACUAAUUCACACACUCUCACAUACACAUACUCACAACACAUUCUCACAUUCUAACAGAGGAAAAAAGCGAAAAGUAGUAGUAGAAAAGACAGAGACAUAUGUAAGAGACAUUUUGUAAUUGACUUUGUGAUAAGACUGUAUCAUAUCUAGGAUCGAACUAGGAUCGCUUUUUAAUAAUAAAAAGCCGUGCAAUUAAGGGCCUGAUAGGAAACGACAGUAGGAGCGAGUGAAUGGAAAAUGAGAGAAAGGGAACGAGCGAGUGUGAGCGAGAAAGAAAGAGAAUAUCGAUGGGACACCUUGAAAUUUUCGGAAUUUCCGUCGAUCGAAUACGUAUUAUUUAAGAAACGCGCGGACUCGUUUAAGAAAUAAAUGAAAUUAAAACAUCAUUAUGGCAUCGAGAACGCAUGUGAGUAACAUAUUCAGCCGCGUUUCCCGAUCCACGUCACGUCCGACUCAAUCUCGUAGACUUACAUUCAACGAGAAUUUUCAAAAUUCGACGCGGUCGAAUCUCGAAAUUUUACCCGAUAUUAGGCAUAACACGUACGAUACAAUAUUGAUUUUUAUUUUUCGGUUCUCUUACAAAAAAUCGACUACGCGUUGUUGUGAUUUGAUGAAAAAAGUUGAUAAUUUUGAAAUUACAAUCGUAUUACUAAAAUAUGUAGAAGAAAAACAAUGAAACGCAAUUAAAAUAAAUGUAAAGAAAAGAAAAAAAAAGAAAAAAAAAGCACGUCUGAUUAAGGGUUAAUUAGAUUAAAUAAGAACUCGAGAUUCGACGCCGAACAAAUUAACAUUCCUUCUUCCACUACACUCUCGUAACAACGUCGGGAGACGAAGAAUCAAGAUAAAGAAAAGAAAGAGAGAAAAAAGAAGAGAGGGAGUGAAAAAGAAAAAGAGGGAAAGUGAAAGAAAGAUAAAGAGAAUGGAUUCGCAAUCCCCUAGUCUAUUUGUUUUGUUCGUGUCUAUCGUUCGGUCGCCAAUUUUUCUAACAUCGAUGCAUCAUUUUUGGAUUUCGUCCCACCAUUCGUCUCUUUCUUCGUUUCUUCUUCUUCUUUCACGCGUUAUUAAUUAUUAUGUGAGUAUUUUGAUGUGCGUUCGCGCGCGUGCACCCUCACACACACGCACAUGCACACACAUACACGCGCGCGCAAAAAAAAAGAAACAUAUACACUUGCAGACACAUAUGCGUCAAACCAAAUGUGCGAAGCGUCCAGCGUCUUGGCAAAUUAUUUUUUAAGAGAGAAAAAA